UUUUUCUGUGCUCUAAAGACGAUUUUGCCUUCCUUCAGACAUUGAUUUCAGUCUCUAAAAGCACAGACUAAAGAGUUACCGAAGGAUCUACGUACCUUUCAAGAUACCAUUUCAUGAGAUCAAUUGAUAAGUGGACGAUAGAUAAUUUAUUCACUUUUACGAUUUUACGUCUAUAUGUCUGAACUGUGCACUUGGAAACCAAGUGGAAAACCAGCCAAUCGUAAAUAUGUCUAAAUUUGACGACUUACUCCGGCAACUCGGAACAGGGAAAUGGAACCUGUUGAUCGUGAUCUCUGUGGGCUAUUGGGUGUUCCAAAUACCCUGCCACAGCAUGGGGGCGGCCUUCCUCACCCCGGAACUGAACUACAGCUGUCGAAUCCCUUCUGAAGAAAAUGUCGAUAUUCAGGCCGAUAAUGAGACAAGGUCGCAGUGCAACUACAACGUGACCAUCGAAGGCAACACCGAAGAGCACCAGUGCACGCAGUGGGAUUUCGACAGCACUGUGUAUACCAAUACCAUCACUUCUGAGUUCGAACUGGUGUGCGAAUACAGCUUCUUGAGACCUCUCGUCAAAAGCAUUUACUUCUUGGGCGCUUUCUUCGGGUCGCUUAUUAACGGCUGGUUAACUGACAGGUUUGGUCGGAAGCGCAUGCUGUCCCUGGGCACUGUGGUCUUUGCUGUGUUUGGCAACAUCCUCUGCUGGCUGCCCAACAUCCAUGCAAUCCUGGCUGUUCGCUUUGUCAUGGGAGUCAUGCACCCGACCUCCGUGUUUGCUGGUUACACGCUCUCCAUGGAGACGUGCGAACCGCGCCACAGGUCCAUCGUGGGCAUCCUCAUCUUCCUCCCUUGGUCGCUGUCCAUCAUCGCCCUCGGAGGCUUUGGCUUCGCGCUCAGGGACUGGCGCUGGUUCGUCUUCACGGUGUCUCUGCCCAUGCUGGUGUUCUUGCCGGCGCUGUGGUUCAUGGACGAAUCGCCGCGCUGGCUGAUCGUGCGUGGCCGCCACAAGGCCGCCCUUCGCGCGCUCCAGAGGGCCUCGCGCUGGAACGGGACGAAGCUGCUCCCAGAGAAGGACCUCCUCGCCCUCAUUCAGGAUAUACAGACAGAGGCAGAUGGAGACCAGAAGCAUAGCAAGGCUUCUGCUCCAGGAUUCCUUGGUUUCCUGCAGCUUGUUGCGAAGGAAGUCACUGCUUUGGUCAGGACGAGGAGGAUGCGCGCCAUAACGCUCUCGCUGUACUCCAACUUCCUCGUGCUUGGUAUGGUGUACUUCGGGCUCUCUCUCGGCGGCGAUAAGUUCGGCGUGGACCCCUUCUUAUACAUGGUGCUGAGCGGGGUCAUGGAGAUCCCUGGCAGCACGGUCCUCAUACCCAUCGUAGAAAAGCUGGGCAGAAGGCCGACCAGCGUCGUCAGCUUCUUCAUCACUGCAGGAGCGCUGCUUGUCCUCGGGGUCACUCCUUCGGGGAUUGACUGGUUGGUGACAGCUAUGGCGAUGAUUGGCAAGUUGGCCAUAUCUGCAGCCUUCCAGGUUGUUUUCCUCCACGCCACUGAGCUGUUUCCCGACGACGGUGCGAGUGAGGGGGCUCGGGACCUGCAUCAUGACGGCCCACGUCGGGUCUAUGACAGCUCCUUUCUUGGUGGAUGGACUGGGCUCCAUCGGCACCUGGCUUCCCCUCGUCGUGUUCGGAGGCGCUUCUCUGCUUGCGGGUUUAAUCAGCCUGAGGCUACCGGAAACCCGUGACGAACCCCUGCAGGAUACUGUGGCAGGCCUCGAGGCUAGUAGUAACACCAGGCAACAAAGGAUAUCAUCGGUGGCCAAACAAGAAGGGAGAGAGGAAUCUAUACCAUUACAAUGACCCCUCCAUCCUGGCAUAAUCCGAGGCAUAGUAAGUUUGGCUAUUGUGAAUGUGCAUUGUCUUACUGUCAUGUGCAAUUUAAUUGCAAUAAAUGAUUUUUUAAUAGA